AUGCCUAACGUCCAAAUCAUUAUUGACGUCGUGCGGCAGGUGUGGGCGCGCGGCGUCACGCAAGGCAUGAAGGUGGUGGCGACUUCGUCGUAUGGGGCGUUGUUUCUAAUGGGGGCUCUUGCCGUGACUUGGGCUUUCAUCCUCUACUGGUUCUUCUUUGUGUUUAUGCGGGGAGUUGUCAUGGACCGAUACCUCCGACACGUUCCGGAGGUCCCGGGGAAGGUUCCGGUGCUUGGUCACGCGCUUCUUCUGAUGGGGGGAUCGCCGUGGAGGAAAAUGGCAGACUGGAGUCUCAACCCGUAUUCCACCGCGGAGGAGGAGAAGAAGACGGACGCCACACCUGUCAACCGCGUUGUUCGUUUUACCGUCCUGCAUCAGCGUGUUGUGUACAUCAAUGACCCGGCAUUGCUGAAACGUGUUCUAUUGACAAACCAGCGGAACUACGCGAAGGAUAUCGCGGUUUCAUACAAGCAUUUUAUGUGCCUGCUCGGAACGGGGCUUGUGACGGCGGAGGGAGAGAAGUGGAAGAAGGGUCGCCUGCUACUUUCCCACGCUAUGCGCAUAGAUAUCUUGGAGGAGGUUCCACAGCUGGCAAUGCGGGCCGCUGGGAGGGUCAUGGAGAAGCUUGCCGCGCUCGACACGAAAACCCCAUUUCUGGACUUGAACGAAGAAUUUCGUCACAUGACCUUGCAGGUGAUUGGGGAAACGGCGCUUUCGCUGGAGCCUGAGGAAAUCGACCGUAUUUUCCCCGCCCUCUACCUUCCGAUUGUUCACGAAUGCAAUCGACGGGUGUGGGAGCCAUGGCGUACUUUUAUGCCCUUCUUGGAGGGUUUUCAGGAGCGCCGCCGCUGCUUGAAGGAGCUGAAUGACGUGCUUGGCGACAUCAUCCAGAAACGGUGGGACGAUCGCCACAAGCCGCAUAAGCGCGACAUCAUGGCUCUUUGCAUCUCCCAAAUUGAAAAGAUGGAUGCCGCAAUGGUGUUGCAGCUGCGCGACGAUGUGAAAACCAUUUUACUGGCUGGCCACGAAACCUCAGCAGCGCUACUGACAUGGGCAACCUAUGAGGUGAUGUGCUGCCCCGAGGUGCGUGACAAGAUUGUGGAGGAGGCGCUGCGGUUGUUUGACCCGGCACGUUGCGAGAAGAAGAUUGCGACGCCGCAGGGGAAGACGUGGGGCAUUCCCACCGCAUCCGAUGUGCGCAGCAUGCUGCGAUGGUCUCCGGCUGUUCUCCGUGAGACGCUACGAAAACACACUGUCGUUCCCUUGGUCAUGCGUCGUGCGGUGAAGAGCGACGUAUGGCCUGCCGCCAUGACUGGACUAGGCAGGGAUGUGACCAUUCCCGCAGGUUGCACGGUGGCGGUGGGGAUGCGGGCGGUGCACCAUCGUCCGGACCUCUGGCCGGACCCGCAAGCCUUCAAACCGGAACGCUUCCUUGACGUGGGGCUUGAAGCUGGCAGCAGUUCCCAGAGUAACGAGGUCCGCCAGACCUCUAUUGACCCAUAUGCGUUUAUUCCCUUUAUUAACGGUCCGCGCAAUUGCCUGGGCCAACAUCUUGCGCUUAUGGAGACAUCGGUGGUAUUGGCGUACCUGUUUCUUAACUGGGACCUGCGCUUCUACGGCGCUGACGCUUGCGCGGGUGAUGCGGGGAGGCGCUCCUUCCAGGAAGAGGCUGGCCGCCCACACGAGUUUAUGGUUCCCAUCGUGCCCAAUAACGGCCUCCGGGUGGUGGGGACGCCCCGCAAGGAGGUGUAG